AUCAUGAAUGUAGUCCAUUUUCAUGUCAUGUAAAUAUAUAAUCAACUACAGCCUCAUACUUUUCUCUGUUGUUAAUAACAGGAUUAAUUCAUUAUGGGGAAAACCACUCCUUCUUUCACUCCUCACUUUCACUUUUAGUGACACAGUUAAAAGGCUGCUCAGAAGCUGAACUGAAAGUGUUCUGCUCACGACAGUGAAGAAGAUGUUGUGGAUCCUGAUAUUUACGAGUUUGCUGUUUAAAGGUCUAACAGCUCUGAUAGAAACCCAGCACACUGUGGAGGCAGCUGUAGGAGACGAAGCCUGCUUAUACUGUCACCUGAUGCAAUCUAGAGAUGUUCUGCAAGUCACAUGGCUGAAGAUUUUACCCGAGGGAGAGAAGAACCUUGCUGCUAGCCACAAAGACUUUGGUCAAAAAGUGAAUCCUGACUUUACAGAUAAAAUGGAGUUUAAAUAUGCUGGACUGCAAAACACCUCAAUAGUUAUCAGGAGGGUGAUGGAGGAGGAUGAAGGGUGCUAUCGCUGUUUGUUUAACACCUUCUCUGAAGGUGACCUCACUGCUACAACCUGUCUGCAGCUCUAUGAGCUGCAUGGACCCUUUCUUCACGUCACAGAAUCAACAGUUGUGUCCUGCUCAGCCACAGCUCGACCUGCUCCCACAGUAACACUGACUGUCCCUCACUACAACUCUACCAGCGUCACCAACACCAACGGCACAGUCACUGUCACCACUACAGCUGGGCUGUCUCGUCUCCAUAGCAAAAACACACAGGUUGGAUGUGCAGUGAGAGUGCUCUCUGGUCCUCAGAUAGAGGUGUCUAUGAUGAUUCCUGAGGUCAAACAGUCGUCUGAUGAUGGUUUUGAUGAGGAAUCUGGAUCUAUUAACAGUGAGGAUUUCUGUAAUUUUACCUUUAGGUGGUCUCAGAUCAAUAAUACCAUUUGAUCUGUAGUUGCUUUAUGAAUGAGU